AUGGAGUAUCUCAUCCGGCUUGCUCAGUGGCAUCAGAGUUUCCGUGUCCCAGAACUCCAAGCCGUGGCUACGCUUGUCGGGGUGGACCUCGAAAUCAUUUUUUACGACGACCAUUCACCAUAUUGCAUCGUAAAACUACCGGAUGAAGCCGCUGCACGUGCACUCAUCGCACGUAGCAUUCUAGCCAAAGAUAUCUUUGAGCUAUGGGGCCACGGCGAAAAUUAUGAUGAGGUUCAUGCAGACAUCAAGACGCGAUCCGCGCCUUUAUGGCCUAAAUAUCAAAAAGUCUCCUUCGCUUUCGACAUGGAUACCUUCUGUGGAAAACGCAGUGCAUCCUCUAGGCUUGAAAUCUUCAAGUCAUUUCACUAUAUACCCUUUGGGGGAAGUGUCAAGUUAAAAAACCCAGACGAGCAAUUUCUAGUCAUGGAAAGGUACCUUGCCCAGACAGAGGCAACCCUUCAAGAAAUCGCAGAGAAUCCCAACCCGCUGAAGAUCUACCUGGGUCGCUACAUUGCAUCAAGUGAUCGGGGUGCGAUCAUCAAGUAUGAUUUGAAGAAACGCUCCUAUAUAAGCACCACGUCAAUGGACGCGGAGUUGAGUCUCGUCACGGCAAAUAUGACACUCGCAGCUCCUGGUAAGCUCUUCUACGACCCUUUCGUUGGAACCGGAAGCUUCUUAGUUGCUGCUGCUCAUUUCGGGGCAUUAACAAUGGGCUCGGAUAUCGAUCCGCGAAGCUUCCGCGGAAAGGAUGAAGAGCGGAAGAGCAAAAAUGAUAUUGCUCUGUUGCGAAAUUACCAGCAAUACAACACAGUGAGCAAGUAUGUCGACUCUUUUACAUCCGAUCUCACAAAUACACCUUUGCGCGAUUGUAAAUUCCUCGAUGGUAUUGUUUGCGAUCCGCCCUACGGCGUACGAGAAGGACUACGGGUUCUUGGAACUCGCGACGGAAAGCCUUUGGAUCCAGUUGUGAUUGAUGGCGUCCUUAAUUAUUACCGACCUGGGUAUAUUCCGCCUAAACGACCUUACGGUUUUGAAGCUAUGCAAAAGGAUAUUCUCGCUUUCGCGGCACGAGCUCUCGUCACUAAUGGUCGCAUUGCAAUGUGGAUGCCGACCGCUAUUGACGAGGUUGGGUUGCCGGUGCCAAUGGACCAGCAUUUGGAGGUUGUUAGUGUUUCGACUCAAACAUUUGGCAACUGGGCCCGACGACUUAUUACUUAUCGUCGUCUUCCUGAGGGUGAAUUUUCCGACAUGUCACAGGCACGCAGCAAGGAAGAUGCACGGGGCGUCUCAGCAAGCGAAGUCAACGAAUUCCGACGAAAGUAUUUCAACAAAUUUCAAGACGAACAAUAA